GAAUCGAACCCACAACCCUGGCGUUGCAAACGCCAUGCUCUAUCAACUGAGCUACAUCCCUGCCGGCCAUUCCCGCUGGAGGAGUUCCUGUCCCUGCAGAAGGAGAUCUUCACUUCCCUGGAGCUCCACUAUAGAGUACUGGACAUGCCGACCCAGGAGCUAGGUCGCCCAGCACACAGGAAGUACGACAUUGAGGCCUGGAUGCCAGGGAGGGACAGCUAUGGCGAGAUCUCCAGUGGAUCUAACUGUACAGACUACCAAAGUAGAUGCCUCAAUAUCCUAUAUGAGGGGGAGGAUGGUAGCCUACACUACGCUCAUAUGGUGAAUGCCACAGCGUGGGCUAUUCCCCGUACUAUCAUUGCCAUACUGGAGACUCAUCAGACCAAGAAAGGGACAGUAUGUGUGCCUCGUGCCUUGCAGCCCUACCUGGGGCUGGAGGUGAUUGAAAAGCCAAAAUACACUCCUUUGAAAUACAUCGGACCAAACCAGCCCAAUCGUAUGCCCCACCCUGUCCCAAAGCCCAGAUGACAUCAUGCACCAACACACUUACAUCAAGAGAACAACUGAAGCCUUUUCCAUCUAGCUGUUUACUUAUUUUGUGUAGCUCUGCCAUGUAAAUAUAUUUAUGUGAUACUGUUUGUGAAUGUGUGUCAUGAUGAAACUAUCAUAAACUGUCCUGUUUUUGUCUGAAAAAUAAUGAAACCGUAUUAAAUUAAACAAAAAGGUCAUCA